UUUUUUUUUAAAUUUCUGGGUAUUUUAUUAGAGACUGGGUAUUUUGUUAGAGACUUCCACUUUUGAUCAGCAGCUUAAUUGCUUGGAGAUUUGUGUGUAACUAUACCAGAAUAUGCUGAAUAGUUCACGUGAAACAGAAAAGUGUGAUAAUAUUUAUUGUUAAAGCUCUGUGUAAUUUUUAGUGGGACUUGGGCUUUUAAGCCCUUUUGACACUUAAAAAAAAAUAUUAGUACCAGAUGUCCACUAUUGGCAAAUAGACACGAAUUAAGGACGUGAGCUGUGCUCUUUGUCCAAGGGGUAAAUGCAUUUAUUUGCCCACAUGAGUGGUGCUGACACGGAAUGCUCAUGGCAUCACCUGCCUGCAGUGGAUGGAUAUCCAACCUGGAACAAGGUGGGAGUUGAAAACCAGUGGGUUUAGAAAAGUCAGUGUAUGAAUACAGUGUCCAGACAAAAAAUGGUAAAAGCACUUGAAACAGAAAACACUUAAUUUAAACCAAUACUUCUUUAAAUAGUCUCGUGCAUAAAGUCAGAUUUUACUGAGUUAUACUCAGUAUUGUGCUUUUAUUAUUGAAUAUAAUUAAUACAACAAAUUAGAACUUCUUGCAAAACACCUUUGCUUUAUCACAAUAAAAGUGAUGAUAAAUAGCCUGCAUAUGUCUUCAUGCCCAAAGUUUACAAAAGCUCAAUCAGAGCGGUUAUGGUGGUUGAGAAUUAAAUUUUGUCUAGAACUCGAGAUAGGUUUGUAUGUGUAAAUAGCCUGUAGGUUAGCUCACAGCCUCUACCAGAGCUGGAGUAUUUAAUUUGAAUUUCUUUAACAUUUUAAUGAAGUAAUCUCUCAUUCCUGACAAGACCAAUGUGUGUGCUCUGUUGAAGCCAGCAGAGCACGAGCACAUCGUGCACUGGACAGUGGGACUGUCCAUAUGCAUAUUUGGUUAUUAAAAGGACAAUAAACUAUAAAAGGCACAGCUGAAAUAUUUGAGUCCCAUCAGCUUUGUCAUUAAUAACAUUUAACCCAGCUGCUGCUGAACUUUUGCUGUACAGUUUAUUCUCUACAUGUAACUGCACAUCUUUACAGUUUCUUGCUGACAUAAUUACAUUUUCAAAGAAUACCUAAGAGUGAGGAGCUACCACUAGCAGGUUGCUAAAGGGUGGUGUUUUGUGUAAAAAAAGAUGAAGAGUGGCUUAUGGAGGAAGAAAUGAGCACCUACACUUCAGUUAUAGAACCACAAGUCUCCAAUAUGGGAUUUGAAAUUGACUUGGGAAUUUUUUCUAAGCUCUUCCCACUCCAAGAUUCUCUCCAGGGAUGCUGUCCUGUUGUGUUCUGUACAUUGUCUGUGACAAAGCUUGGGACACCUGACAUCCACCCUCCACACUACCCUCUACCUGCUGUAGAUUUCUCCUGCUCUCAUAUUCCAGAAGAACACGUGAGGAGGCAAAGUGGGAAAGCCUCCCCUGGAGCAGAGCCAGGGUGGCUCUUGCUGGGUUUGGAGCAGCCUGUGCUGUCUCUGUCUGCAGUGUGGGCAGAGGUGAGGGCUGCCUGUGCAGGGUCUCAUCUCAGCUUUGCCUCCAUCACUUCUGCUGCAGCGUGGACAAACCUUUGUGAGAGCUGAAGGAAAAUUGUUGGCUGUUUCUGCCAGGAACCCCGUUGCUCCCAGCGUGGCACUAAUGAGGCAAGUGCCUUUGGAGAUUCUGCUUCAGAACUCGGAAGUAAAUACAAGCCUGAUAAAAACACAGCUGCUUGCACGACUUGAGGGCAGAAGUUCUCUGAAGAAUCUUGAACCUUGUCUGUUUCCUGAGGAAGGAUCUCCUGUUCAUGGAGAUGUUAUUGAAUUCCAUGGCCCAGAAGGCACAGGAAAAACAGAAAUGCUUUAUCACCUGCUAGCCCGCUGCAUCACUCCCAAAGCUCAGGGAGGGCUGGAAGUAGAAGUCAUGUUUGUUGACACCGAUUACCAUUUUGACAUGCUCCGCCUGGUCACCAUUCUUGAGAGCAGACUGGCACAAGGGACAGAAGAAAUGAUAAAGCAGUGCCUGGGAAGGCUCUUCCUUGUGAGCUGCAGUAGUAGCACUCAGCUACUCCUCACUCUCCACUCCCUAGAAAACCUGUUCUGUGCUCACCCCUCGCUCUGUGUUUUGCUUUUAGACAGUUUGUCAGCUUUUUAUUGGAUAGACAGAAGCAAUGGAGGGGAGAGCCUUACCUUGCAGGAGAUGAACCUGAAGAAAUGUGCUAACUUCCUUGAAAAGCUUGUGACACAGCACCACUUGAUCCUCUUUGCAACAACACAGACACUAAUGCAGAAAUCUGCAAACUCUGCAGAAAGCUUUUUACCUUUAAAACAUCCACAUGAAACUGAUACAGACUACAGACCAUAUCUCUGUAAAUCAUGGCAGCAAAUGGUAACUCACAGGAUGUUCUUCUCUAAGCAGUGUAAUUCUGGCAACAGCAAAGGUUUUACUGUAGUUUCUUGCCACCUCAAAAGAAACCAGAUAGUAAAACGUUCAUUUAGUGUUGCAGAAUGUGGAGUUCAGUUUUAACAUCAGUUUAUUUAGUAAACAUUUGUCAAAUCCUGGUGCUUAAGGCCUGAUUAGGCCUAAGUACCUUCUCGUAACUUUUCAACUAGCUGGUUGUUGCUGGUUGGUUAAUAAUUGUUGUCACCAUUUUCUUGAAAUUCAGUGAAGGGCAGGGAAUGGUAAAAUGUUUUAAUUACUUCAGCAAUUCCAUCCAAACUAUAGAGGACUGUUGACAUUACUUGUUUGUGCUUAAUUAAGAAAAUGAUAACCAAAGACACAUUAAAGUCCUGGUAUCCUUCAGCAGUCUGACCUAUGUGGCCAAAUGCCUGUUGGAGAUUUUGGAUCUUGCUCCUUUACACUCUUCCUCUUCCAAGCUCCAGAAGUAGGAGCCUACUUUUCUGUGGCAGAGGUUGCAAAGAGGCCAGAGUUCAUGCUUUAUAAACAUUGGCCUUGGUUUAUUCCCUGUGGCUUUGGGCAUAGGAAAUGCUGAUUUUGCCUGAAGAAGAAGAGGAUUCAUUUUCACAGCCUAUUAAAUAGUGGUGAUCCUGACUGUGCUGCUUCUCCUGGCUCUCAGCCUCUCCAUUUACAUUAGCAGGUGCUCAGAGGAGCAGGGAUUGCAGGUGUUCUGACCCUUACAAAUGUCUGGCAUUGAAGAAUCUUCAGCUAUUACAGAAAUAGAGGCCUGGUUUCCAUAACUGAAGGAAAAGUAAAGACCCAGCUCUGGGUACCUGUGGGUUUGUGCUACAUGCAACAAACAGUUUAGUUUUUGAAAAUAAUUAAGUGCAAGUUAUGGGUUAUUUUGGGAGGUGAGUUUUUUUUUUGUUGUUGUUGUUGUUUAUCAUUUUUUAAAAUGAUGCACAUACUUUUUUCAUAAGUCAUUUUUUCAUCACAUACUUUUUUCAUAAGUCAUUUUUUCAUCAUUUUUGCCCUUCCUCAUUAUUCCUUCCCACUUCUUUCCCUUCCCCAGUCUCUCUAAGAAAUCCAGGAAUGCCAUGCCUCUUUACCAAUAUGUAUUUGCCACAUGCAGAACAUUUGUGCAGGAUUUGGCAUGUAACAUGUUGCAAUUCUGGCAAAGAAGAUUCAGAACUUAUGAGAAAUGCCCUACAGUUCUGGCAAAGAACACCACAUUAUUUAUGAACCUAGAGUGCCCUUUGAAAGCUUCAAAGUACUUUACAAGAAAGAAAAUUGCACACAGUACAUUAUUUAAUACAAAAACUUACAUUAGCUUACAAAUUCAAAUUACUCAAACAAGGGGGAAAUACUUCUCACAGCGAUGUUUGUUCAGUCAUGUUGCACAGCACGUUUUAUAGUUUAGAUUGAAGAGAUUAUUAACAAAAAUGCAUAUUAAGAAGAAGUAUCUAGCUCAGUAUCUUUUUGAGGAAGAUGCCUAAAAAACUCUGUUGUGAGAUAUUUACCUUUGAAUUUCCUGACUUCUGAAGCAGCUUCUUCAAGCUGAAUGUAUGUUUGGAAUCCCAGCUUUGUAUAGUUCAGUUACCCUCUUGGGUUCCACUGUGUCUGUUCACAACGAGUUCAGUUUAAUUAUUCUUUCUGUGGGAAAACUUCUUUUUCCCUUCUCAUUUUAAACCUUUAAUCUGAUCACUUCUUCACACCAUCAGUUCUUCUACUCUGACACAUCAGCAAGCUUUGCCUUUUCCACAUCUCCCAGAGCUGAUGAUUUUGUAGACUGUCACUUCAUUUGUGCUUUCUCAUCCAUCAGCACCAAUAUGUAUUUUAUUUUAAAACCUGCAUAAGUACACAAAUACAUGAAAAAAUACAUUAAAAGCAUUCAGCCUAGUGUGGACCCAAGUUAGAUAGUUUACUAUAAGUAGACACAUCCAUGAUGAAUUAUGAUAAAGGGCAUUAUUGAAUUUUUUUGUAAAAAAGAAUGGGAAAUUUCAAGUAGGACUUGAGAACUUAAAAAUCUGAAAAUUCUAGGACUAUGUAAUUUCUACUAGAAAAAAAUCAAAAAAAACCAGCCCCCCGUUCCACUGGAGAAUACAACUCCACUGAUGAUUGACUUCUUCAUAAAAUCAUACUUGCUAAAGAAUAUGCUUGAGAAAAAAAAAAUAAUGGAUGUGUUCUUGCAUUCCCAUCUGGAAAAAAAAAAGCUUUUAUAUUCUUCACAAUGUAGUUUGUAUUUUGCAUUGUACUAUAAAAGAAAUGCCUAAAUUGAAAUGAAGCCAAAGUUCUAGUUGAUCAAAAAGAGCACCUCAGGAAAUUUUGAAAUUUCCCAGUUUUAUUUUUACUUUGAAUGCAGACAGAUUUCUUUUAAUUGUCUGGUAAUUGUAAUAUUCAUGCUUUGCACAUUUGUUUUAGCUACAUAGCAAGGAUUUCUGAGGUGCUGAGCAUCUGCAUACCCCUGUAAUGCUGCAGGAGAGAUAGGCAGUACAUAAUCUGAGAGUUCACUGACCUCAUCCUUUGCCAAAAUUAUGCCUUUUGGAAAAAUGAACCUUUAGGAUACAAGUCUCAGAAAGAUGCAGUGAUAAAGAACAUGGAAAGCAGCAAUUUCGUUUGUGCCUUAAUGCUCUGUGGGUAUUAAACAUGGGGUUUGCCAUUUUCUAAGUGGAGAAUUUUCCAAAUUUUGUACCAAUUGUAGUUAUUGGAGAUUGCAGUCCAUCCCUGUGAGUUAGGAACAGUGUAUGAAAUGUAGCAUUAUACCUGGAGUACUCAGUUUAAUGCAGAUUCUCCUCUUUCACCCAGAGCUGAGGUCCCACCCUGUCUCACCUGGGGUGCCCUGAGCUGCUGCUGCUCAGUCUCCCAGGGAGGAAGCACAUUUUGGGUUAGUAGGUCUGGUUUAAAUCAGCCCUGCAGAAGAGCAUGGAAUACUUGUAUUCCUGAACUCUGAUUUAAGGUAUUUCUUAGAAAUGAAAAUCCUUUCAUGUCAGUGCCAUUGUUCUUCAGCUCAGGGUGAUGUUAUUAAGGCUUUUGUAGACACAGGAACUUUUUACAUUCCUUAGAAUUUUGUUUGUUGUUUCAUAUGCAACAUGGAAUUAAAGCAGCAAGUUUGAAAUAAAGAGGAACUAGUUCACCCUUUCCCCCAUUCUUUUCAUAACAAGAGGGCUUCUUAGCAAAACCAAAUUAAGGUAUUUUGCAGGUUUUAUAUUUAUUUUCUACUAUACUGGUAUUUCUACGAACACCUGGAAAGAAAAUGUUGAGUUUUAUAUUCAGUUAAAAGUUCUUUGUAUUCCUAGGCUUUUUAUAGAGCAAAUAAAAUACUAAUAACAGUUUGCUUGGUUUAAGUUUGCACUUGCACAUAAAAUUCAAGUUUCCUUUUUCUUAUAUAACUGAUCUCAGAAACUUAAUUUUUCCUGGAGUUUGGAAAUGGCAGAAGAUAAAUGUUCUCCUGUGGAACCAUACCUGCAAUUUUUUUUUUCCUGGAGAGUAAUGGACAAAGGAAGAAGAAACACCACUUUGAUGGCAGCUGUAUAGAAGCCAUCUCUGUCUGAAGAGGAACAUGACCUCUUACUUUUCUGUGGUUGCUCUAAUAAAGUGUCUCUUGAACUUCUUUAUUCAAAUGUA